GGCUGUCGGAACUAUGAUUUGAGCGCACUUCCGCUUUAAAAGCAUUGUGUGAUAGUUGUGGAAUAGUAAAAGAAGGGUGGCAGAAAAAGAAGUGAUUGCUUCUUUUACUGUAUUGCUGUUGUAAAUAGUUGUAAAAACGAAUUAAUCGUAUUGUUAGUGUGGAACCUUGCUGCUAUUCGGCGGGCAAGUGUUUUUAAAAGAGAGCAAGCAAGUACGAGAGGUUGGGGCCAUGAGCUGUUUCAGAGCAUCCAUCAGAGUGCUUAGACAGUUCAGUGUGCGCACAGUGUGCUAUGAAAAUCAUCAGUGUCAUGAACUGUGUAAAAUCAAGAACUUUACACCAGCCUGUCAUCAUUCUAACUGGACUACUAUAGACUGCAGACAUCUGAACAUUCACUUUCCCUUGAAAUACUGUGAGACAUUUUUGCUAUCCCUUGGAAAGAUUUCAUACUUUCCUUUCCGGCUCAAAAGCAGUAAAAGUUCUCAGAAAGGUGGUAAGAAGAGCUUACAAGUAAAGGAUGAGGAAGAUGAUGAUGAUUCAGAGAAAAGUGACUAUGAGGAUGAGUUGGAGGAAGAUCCUAAUUUGCCUAAAGAUUACAAGGAUCUUGAAAAAGUUGUGCAGUCAUUGAGGUUUGAUCUGGUCAUGAAAGCUGGCCUAGAUAUGGCAAGAAACAAAGUAGAAGAUGCAUUUUAUGACAAUAAACUUAGACUGAAUGGAGAAAAGCUGUUGAAAAAAAGUAAACAGGUGAAAGUUGGAGAUGCACUUGAUCUUUUAAUUGGAGACGAUAAAGAAUCUGACACUAUUACAGUUAUGAGAGUAAAGGUGAAAAAAGUAUCUGAUGAAAAGACAGACACUGACAAAUACAGAGUUGUUCUAAGACGCUGGAAAAAUCUUAAGCUACCAAAGAAAAAUUUACAUAUGACAAAAGCUACUGACACUGAUUAAUAAUUAAAUAUACUUUAAGGCAAAAAUUUUACUGAUGAUUUACUGUUUUGAUUGCUGAACAAUAUUUUUUAAAGUUACUUGAGAUCUCCAAUUAUACUGAAGUACCAUGUUGUUGCAGCAGUGGUAUUUACUGAUGCUGUUAAAAGCACUUUUCCCCUUUGUAGAUCUGCAUUUGGAUUAAUAUAAACUAAUUUUCCAUAUUCA